GAGAUAUCAAGAGAUAUGGAGGUAUAUAUACAUACAGCUGCUAUCAUUGCAGACAAACACAGAGCAGAGACAACCAGAGUGACAGAGCAGAGUGAGGUGAGGCAAGGUCCCCUUCGUCUUCAAGGCAAGCUCAGCUCAGAGCUCAGAUCGAUCGAUCUGCCACUGGAGAUGGUGUGCCACCGGAUGCUGCCGUUGCUGGUGGUGGCGGUGGCGCUGCUGCCGGCGGCGGCGGUGGCGACCAACUACACGGUGGGCGACGAGAAGGGGUGGAACCCCGACGUGGACUACACCGCCUGGGUCAAGAAGCACCGCCCCUUCUACAAGGGCGACUGGCUCCUGUUCGAGUACCAGAACGGGAGGUCGGACGUGGUGCAGGUGGACGAGGUCGGGUACGACAACUGCGACAAGGCGAACGCCAUUAGCAGCUACAGCAAGGGGCACAGCUACGCGUUCCAGCUCAAGGAGGCCAAGGACUACUACUUCAUCUGCAGCUAUGGCUACUGCUACAAAGGCAUGAAGCUCGCCGUCACCGCCAAGAAGGGCUCCGCAUCUUCUUCCUCCUCUGGCUCCGGCGACUCCUCCUCCUCCUCCAAGUCCGACACCGCCUCUUCCAAGUCCAAGUCUUCCGCCGCCGCCUCCUCUCUCGCCAACCCCUCCUACGCCGCCCUCCUCGCCGUCGCCAUCAUCUUCCUCAGGAUGCUCUGAUUCUGAUCUGAUCUGAUCUACCUCUGCUCGCCUCCUUUCUUGCUCGGUUUGUAAUUUGUAAGUUCAUUUGUUCUUGAUUUCUCUAGCAUUGUCCGGCCGGUUGGAUUUUCUUUCUCCUAGAGAUCGAUCGAAAAUUAUUUUGAGAUGUUUGUGUUGCAAAGAUCUACCAUUAGGUAGCAAGUGUGAAUUAAGAAGAGUACAUUUUUUACC